GUUUGUUAGUUUGUUUGAGUAAUGGGAUCCCCACAGUGCCUGUCCAUUGUGCUGCUCCUCCUGUUCGAUCUCUGUGCAGGGAAGAGGAUGGUGUCCAUUCAGAAGGGACGACUUUACAGAGCAAGAGGCUACCACAUCACCAUCUGGUGUAAUGUCACUGGCUACCAAGAACCGCAAGAGCAGAAUUUCCAGUGGUCUAUUUACCUCCCAUCUGCCCCACAAAGAGAACUGCAUAUUAUCAGCACUAAUGAUGUCGAUUUUACUUAUGCUGCCUACUCCCAGCGUGUUGAAAGAAGGGAAAUCUACAUAGAAAGGCUCCAAGGGGAUUCUGUUCUUCUGCACAUCACGGACCUCAAGGACAAGGAUGCUGGGAUGUACGAAUGUCACACACCCAACACACACCCAGAUGAUGAGUACCUUGGAACUUACAGUGCCAAAAUGAAUCUCUCAGUAAUUCCAGACAUGCUCUCUGCCACUAUGAAAAGUCAGGCAAUCCUCCGAAAUCAAGGGGAGGCGGUGCAACUCGUUUGUGAAGUAUCAACAGGAACAGCCCAGCACACCCACCUCUCAGUUGCCUGGUACCUUCUUCAAGAAGGAGGUGGUGGACAACCCCAGAAGAUCAUUUCCUUGUCCAGAGAGUUUGUCUUACUUCCAGGCUCUUCCUUUGCUCAGCGGUUUUCCUCAGGAGACAUCAGGCUAGACAAAAUUGGGGGCAAUGCAUAUAAACUGUCCAUUACCAAACUGCAGUCCUCAGACCAGGGGGAAGUGUAUUGCGAAGCAGUGGAGUGGAUUCAAGAUCCAGAUGAAACUUGGAAAGAUAUUGCCCGAAAACAGACAGACAAGACUUCACUGACAAUCAGAAGCAUGGAUAAAAACGUUUAUGUGAAUAUCUCUGUUGCUGAGAGCUCUCUUCUGGAAGGAGAAGCCUUGCAGAUCAAUUGCUCCAUCCAAGCUCAGAACGCUCAACGCCGACAGUUCCAGAUGGUUUGGCACCAGCAUGGUAGGGUGGUGGCUAGCGCCGAUCAGUAUGGGGCCUUGUCCUUUCAAAGCAACAGUGAAGCACGAUUCAGUGCAGGAAAUCUCCUAGUGAUGAAGCAGAGCAAUGACAAGUACAUCCUCAGAAUAAGGCAAGUGGAGCUGAAGGACGAAGGCACAUAUCACUGCAAGGUUUCUGAAAUGGAGGAGACUCCCACAGGUUCUUUCACCAUCACAGAACAGAGAUUGUCCCUGGGCAUCGAUGUAAACGUGAAGCCUAGAGAAAGUCGCUUGCAAUUAUUUGCAUGGGUCAACAAGGAACAAAUCACGGAAGGAGAAACUUUGACUUUCCAUUGUAAUGGGAGUGUGACUGAAAAUUCGCUCUCUGUAAACUGGUGGCAUAUCCAGAAGGAUGGAGACCCUCAGAUGCUCAUCGCCAGCAUGAAUGAAGAGGGCAAGAUCAAGAUAGGCACGUCCUACAUGGAGCGCAGUGCUCGUGGUGAGAUCAGACUGGAGAAAACAGACUCUUCUGUGUUUACCUUGAUGAUCUACAAUACUUAUGCCACAAAUGAUACAGGGCUUUAUCACUGUGAAGUGACAGAAUGGUGGAAGGGCAAGAGCUGGAGACACAUUCGGGAAAUAUCAACAAAAGUUGUACCGUUGGGGUUGAAUAUGAAGGCAGCAUUGAUCACCAGGGUUCCAAAUGUAAAACUACAUGAGGAUUUUGAAUUGUUCUGCCUGGUAUCUGCUAUUGACAAGAAAGUGCCAUGGUCCAUCACCUGGCAAUUCCAGUCCAGUUCAACGCUAGGUGGCUACCAGCAAGUGGUCACAGUCACUGCAGGAGGCACAAUUCUAUGGGGCUCAGCCCAUUUACACUUCCAGAAGAAAACAAGGAUUGCCAAACACUCCUCUGCAUCCCAGCUCCUAAUCCACAGAGCCACAGGGCAGGAUGCAGGGCUGUAUAAAUGUGAAGUAGAAAUCUGGAGAAACACAGGGCAAGCAGGAGAUCCAGCUAUGGCAGCAGCUGCUGUGGUUUCCUCUAAUCCUGUUGAGAUAAUGCUCACCAAACCAGAAAGCAAACUAAGGAUCCACAUGGAGGAAAAGUCUCUGGAAAUCUCUGGCAGUGAAGAUACAGCAAUUGAUUGCAAAAUCAUGUCGUUGACCAAAGCAAAUUCUCAGUUAGGAGUUUCCUGGUAUUUUCUACCACUUUCUUCCAUGGAUGCAUCUCCUCUUCUGAUUAUAAGGAGCAAUUAUAGUAAUAUAUUGGGAUAUGGGGGAGCAUUCAGUUCUCCCCAUCAGAAAUCCAGAUUUCAUAGCAAGAGGGUCUCCAGCCACCUGUACCAACUGCUUAUUCUGUCAGUGGAUUAUGAUGUCCAGGGUAAAUACUACUGUGCAGUAGAAGAAUGGAUCAUGUCAAUGGAUGGCAGCUGGCAUAAGCUUGGAAAGGUGGAAUCUGGAAAAACCACAGUGUAUUUCAAGCUUUCAGAAAAUAAGCUACACAUUGAAGGAACAGGUCUCAACAUUACUGCCACUGAAAAGGAAGAUGUGACCCUGAAAUGUACCUUGCGGAGUCCAAUAGGAUCCACUUCCUAUUUCUCCAUCAUCUGGUUUAAAGUGUCAGGGCGUUCCAAGAAUGAAACCCUGGUGAAAAUUCAGAGCAAUGGCAUCACUGAGUAUGGCAAUGGGACCCUGGCCAGGAGAGUGCGCCCCCACUGCCCGUCUGCUGGUGACUUUCGCCUGACGCUGCAGAAUGUGGAAAGGGUUGACGCUGGGCUGUUCUACUGCCAAGUGGAUAAAUGGCAAGCUGCCAACUGUAGCACUGCGCAGGUUCAGCAUGCAUCCAGUCGAUCAGAGGGCAGCCAUCUUACUGUGCUUCCUUCAGAAUUAACUAAUUCUACCCAGGUCUGCACAUCUUCUUUGCUGUUCAACUUCAUUCUAGUCUACCCGCUGGUUCUAUUUUUUAUCCUGAUGGCUGUGUUCCUCUUGUAUUCAAAAACUAAACAUUUUUGGAAGGAAAAACUGAAUCUGAAAAAGAACAAGACUUCUAGUGAAGAAACUGGAGAAGUGACAGCAAUCCACUUGAAACACAGUAGUAGAAACAGUGUAUCUGAAGAAGAAAUCAAUAGCCUCAAAAGCAAUGAAAUGGAUUGAAAGAAAAAUGGAGAGGAGAUAGACUGGGUAUGCUGCCUUGGGUUCCUGGCAAGAAGAGAAAGUGGGAUUAAAAUUGUAAUGAUCAAGAAAAUAAAAAUAAAUCCAAUAGUGUAUGGCUUGCAAAUUCAGCUGAGUGAGAGCUAGAAUGCCUAUAGCUUUCCCUCCGCUGGGAACUCCUGGAAUACCGAAGUCACUGUUGCCUUCUUAUCUCACCCCAUGCAUUCAGUAAGCUUUCUGGUUCUGGGAUUGGCUUCUUUACAAGAAUAAGGUUUCUUGUAAAGAAACAAGGAAUCCCACACACACCUACUUAAAAGAAACUUCUCCUGACCUUUACUCAUGUGUAACUGCAUAUAAGAUUGUACAUUAAAUCUUCACAAGAUUUAUAUUA